UCCACCACCGCCGACAUUCGCGCGGGAAAUUGACCUCAUUCAUCAGACGUGAACAUGACCUCUAGGCUACACACGGGAACAGCGCACCAAACAACAACACAUCUGACGUCCUUGUGUAGGGUUUCUUUCAUGCACGUGACUACCACCUGUGGGGUGAGCAGAUGCACUGACGUCAUAACAUAACCUUGUAUGUAGCUCAUAUCGUGGCACACAUCUUGGAUUAUUAUGUGAUGUUUUCAGCUGCAGCUAAUUGUCAGUUGACAGUUGGAUUGGUUCAAUUCCGAAUUUGGCGUUAGCGGUUUCAGUUUAUGGAGGUAAACAUUGGCACAAAAAAAAAAACCAUCAAGGAAAGACAACUGCCGUCUCAGCGGGGCGCUUAAGUACCUUGAACACGCCCGGGAUUAAUUAACGGCGGCCGAGACAAAGGCUAAUUAAUUGCUGAUUGUUUAAUUGUUUGGCGGAGCGGCUAUACAAAGGUAGACAUGAAGCUCGGAGUUUUGAUACAUAAUAAAUGCCUAAAGCUUUGGCUGCAGCUAGUUUCAUGACGUCCUAUGGCUGUGGCUACUCAAGCUGUGUGACGUCAUGAAGGACAGCGGAAUCAACAUACAGAAGAGCUGUGGACGAAUGGUGGAAGUCUAUGAUGGACGCAGAUGGCCAGUGGUGAAAGCUGGCAAUGUGUUCAUCAACCACUUGGACACCGUGCAGAAAGUCACGCAGACAGUCCUGCAGAUACCUGCCAUUGGGAGGAAAAAGCGCAACAGAAACAAAUACACAGUGGCUGUAGGCACCAGUCAUGGCCAUGUUCAAACCUUCCUAAAAGACAAGGAUCUUGUACUGGCUGUUUAUGAAAGAUGCCAGGCUGAGGAGAAGUGUCUGCUGUUGAUUGAGAAACCAAAAGAUGCGUCUAAAAAGCUACUGAUGUCCCGGUCAGUCAACAACCUGACCAUGUCAGACACACAGUUGUACAGACACAAGGGGCAGCUUGACCUCCUACCCAUGCACUUAAUCCACACAAACAAAGAGGCCAGCCAUCCAGACAGUCAGACUGCUGACAUCUACGCUACAGAGCCCAGGCACAGGAAGUCUGGCAAGAAAGGCGAGGUCUACAGGAGCACCAAGUUUGUGCCCAUCCCAGAACUGGGUAUCUUCAGCCCUGAGCAGCAUGUACUGCAGAAUGGCACUUAUGCCCAGUACUGCCACGCUAGGGACACCAGGAAACAUGACAGCUCACAACAAAGUCUGAAGGAGCCAGCUCUCACCUACUCUAACUCCAGCUUCAACUCCUCCAUAGACGACAGCUGCAGCAACUGUGGGACACAGGGCAAAGGUCAGCUGCAGGGUUACGACAGGUACGGCGAGGUCUUCCACAGCUGCAUUGAUAUUUCUGUGCUGGGACAAGGGGACCUGCAGCCUAACCCACAGCAUCACCCACAGCAUCACCCACAGCAUCACCCACCGGACAAGAAGCAGCUGCAUGGGGAUCUGCUCCCCCAGACCAGCAGACUGGAGCCAAACCACCGCUCCCACUCCCUGGGGGAUCUGGCCACUGGCUUGACCUUCUCUCUGGUUGGUCAGAAGAAAGUGGCCAGUGAAAUCAACGUGCAGGACAAUUUAAAAAUUGAUGACAAUAAUUUAAAUUCUAAGUUCCAGCAACUAGAGAAUGGAAACGGCUACUCCAGGAGGGUCUACAACCGUCCCGACUUAUCUGUUAGACAUGAAACACGUGUUUUUAAUCAGAAAAAUAUUGAAAAUGGUCUGGAUAAAAAUGAGAUAGUUGUGAAGAAUGUCAAUGAAGGUCAGGGUCACUGGAAGUCCAACCAGCAGCAGAGGGUGUCAGUCUACCAGCGAUUUAACUCCUCACCAGAGGGGGGGACAGGGAGGAAAAACUCAGCCCAGGCCUGCCUGCUGUCUGAGGCUGUCAGCAAACAGCUGUCUACCCUUGCCAUCAACAGCCCCUCAGCCCUGCCUGACAGGAUGUUACCCUCACACAGGAACCCCCUCCUCAAACAGCCACUCACUCUGAGGGAGGAAUCUCCGGUCAAGCCAAAGCGAAGUCUCCCCACAGUCCCUGUGUCGGAGACCUCUGAGAAGAUUAAGCGCAUGACGGAGAUGAUGAAAUCUCGCAUGUCCCGCAUGUCUGAUGGGGGUAGUGCCAAGUCCACACCCACACGCACCAACUCUCAGGAGAGCGCCUCCUCACAUGACAGUGUGUUCAGGAAAAAUUCUGACGAGUCAGGAUCAGAUAUCACUAACAACCAGAGGUUACGGCGACAUAGCAGCACCACCAGCCCUCAGACUAAAUUUUCUCAUCCAACAGCGGUCUUCAACAAUCAAGAGAAGUUGACCAAUGGUCACCGCUUCUUCAGUGAUGGACAUUACUUCAAGUACCCUGCAUGUUGGGAUGAACAAGACGCUAAACCUCAGGUCAUGGAAUGUGUGAAUAAUUCACAAAAUGGACAAUCAGAAAAUGGACAUUAUCGAAAUAUACAUGUACAAAAUGGACAAUCUCAAACUGGAUAUUUUGUAAAUGGACGAUCCCAAAAAAGACAAUUUCAAAAUGGUUGUAGCAGUGAUUCAGUUUUGAGUGAUUUGAAGAGUGUCAGGGAACCUUCAUUUGUUAGAGAGGCCAAAGCAGACAACGGCAGGGUUAGAGGUUACAAAAGUUGCCUGAAUCCUGCCGAUCACUUUUAUUAUAACCUAGACAACAGCAAACCACCCUAUGAGGAGGCAACUCUCUCCCCCGGGGACAGGAGUAGUGACUCCGCCCAAACCUCGGCCACUAAUUACAGUUACAAUGGCAGUGCUUUGGACUCAGGAUACACCACAAACAAUGAAAAUGACAGUAUUAAUGGAAGCUGCAUCAACACGCAGCAUCCGACUACGGAUAUGUACCUUGAUGAUCAUUCCCAGCAUUAUCCACUACAGCAUCAGCAAAGGAAAUUUUCUGACUCUGACUUUGUUGAGUGUAAGAUACAGAACUCAAGCAAAAACCUUGCCACAAGCAACUUAACUCACAUGCGUCUUUAUGGCAGUGUUCAAAAUGUAUCCAGUUACCACUCAGAGAUGAUCACAAGUGAUCCAGGUUUAUUCAGCUCUAAUCAUACACUAGACUAUGAGAAGUACCCCAGGGUAAAUAACAAACUUUCUCUGCCAGACCAAAGAUUCCCUCCCAGCAAGUUCAUGGCCAUGCCCCCUGUGUCUGCACGACCCCUCCCAUCUUGCCAGUUCUACAAUGAUGCUAGUCAGAGCAGGCUAGUAGAAACUAACAUGGCACCCAGGAGUGGGGAGCAAGGAAAAGUUUCAUCAAAUCAAAACGUCCACUUUUCUAAUCAGUUCCAAAAUGCCUUUGACAGUAUUAAUAGAAACAAGCAAGCCAGAGAUGCCUCUGAGAAAAACUUGAUGAAAGAAACUGAAGCGACCAAAUCAAACAUGUCGGCCGUGACCAAAUCAACCAUGUCUGCCACCACAGAUCUCUGUCAGCCAGAAGUUGCCAGAACAAACUUAGCAGGGGAUUUUGAAAGUAGUUCAAACACUUUUCUUCCAAACAAUCAGAGAAAAUUUUUUCAAGGGAUCGAGCUGAAACCAUUUUCUUUCAAAAAGAAAAUCAAGCCCCACCCCCUGACAGUUUCAAGGAGCGGCAGAAGUGUACGAGGGCACACACUCCCAGGUGGUUUCAGGUUUGUUGAACCUGUUGCCUUGCCCAGUCUCACCAUUUUUGACAUGUGCCACAAGUACGACCUGUUCCCCGUAUGCAUCAACCUGCCCCAGUACACAACACUGACCAACCUCAUACAGUUGACAGAGGAGUCAAUCCAGCUGGACUCUACUUCACCUGUCAGCCCUAAAGGCCAGAUGGCCAAGAUAGGAGGGCCAGGCUCUGCCUUUACCCCUGUGAAACACCAGCCAGAGCUGUCAGGGUUGGUGAGUGCCAGUGUGGUGAGUGUUGUCGCUGUUGAUGAGUCAGCUCACAGUGGCACAGAGUUGGGCAGACUUAUCAAAGGAGAUAUCAUUGUUGAGGUAAAUGGCUGGCUGUGCCUGAAUGCAGGUGUUGAGGAAAUAGAAAGAAAUAUGUCUGGCAGCAGAGGUGUACUCACCUUGACAGUGGCCAGGUGCAGGGAGCUCCAGGAAGUCAGGUUCCAGGGUCAGACGGCGCUAGAGCGAGUGAAAAGUCUGGAGGCUGAAAUCUCACGUCUUGACGACAUCAUCCAGCAGAGAAAUGAGAAGAUCCGCCAGCUGACCUCUGACCCUGCAUGGUUCACCCACAAGACAAAUCAACCUGGGACAAAUGAGAAGAUUCGCCAGCUGACCUCUGACCCUGUAUGGUUCACCCACAAGACAAAUCAACCUGGGACGCUGUGCCAGGUCAACGGCCAGUUACCUGUGGAGGGCAUGGUGAUUGGGGAGGACGAAUACGUUGUUUAAGGCACCAGACGUAUGUCAUCCACGACUAGACCUCACACCAGUGUGUUGUAAUGUUUCAAGUAUAGACGCUGUGGCUAUCUUGGCAUGGACUUGAUGGGACAAUACAGCAUUCUCAGUGAACUAUGCUGUUAAUCUUUUAUAGGACAAUACAGCAUUCUCAGUGAACUAUGCUGUUAAUCUUUCAUAGGACAAUACAGCAUUCUCAGUGAACUAUGCUGUCAAUCUUUUAUAGGACAAUACAGCAUUCUCAGUGAACUAUGCUGUUAAUCUUUCAUAGGACAAUACAGCAUUCUCAGUGAACUAGACUGUUAAUCUUUCAUAGGACAAUACAGCAUUCUCAGUGAACUAUGCUGUUAAUCUUUCAUAGGACAAUACAGCAUUCUCAGUGAACUAUGCUGUUAAUCUUUCAUAGGACAAUACAGCAUUCUCAGUGAACUAUGUUGUCAAUCUUUCAUAGGACAAUACAGCAUUCUCAGUGAACUAUGCUGUUAAUCUUUCAUAGGACAAUACAGCAUUCUCAGUGAACUAUGCUGUUAAUCUUUCAUAGAGGAGGUUUUUAUUAAGGGGCUAAGCAUGUUCUAACAGAUAAGUGGAAGGGUUUUGAUUUAUUUUAUAACACAAUUCUAGGAGGGGGAACUCAACUGGUGAAGUGUCAUUAAUGACCUGAUAAGCCAUUUGUAAUGACUGGUGGACAUCAUAAUGGAUGACCCCUACUAAAUAGACUGGUGUACAUCAUAAAUGGAUGACCCGUACUAAAUACAGUGGUGGACGUCAUAAUGGAUGACCCCUAUUAAUGAGUGUGGUGAAAAUUGAUUCCUGUGAUGUUAAUUAUGAGGAUCACCCUAUUAAAAAAAAAAAGAUUUGUUUGAAGAGAACAUCAGAUUGUUUGUAAAAUAAAAUUAUUUUAUUUACAAUUUUUUUUAAAGUGAGUGAGAUUUUGUUGAUGCUAUAGAUGUAUUAGCAUCAAAAUAUACUUUUUUUAGUUUUAAUAUUCUGAAACCAAAGGCAUAAUAAACCCCUUUUUUAAAGCAUGAUUGCUUAUAAGUUAUCUAACCCAAAUAAAUUUCUUAAAUAUGUAAAUUUGGCAUAUUUUAUCUGAAUAUUUGGCUCUAUCUGUAAAUGUUUGUGAGCAAAGAUUUCUCACAAAAUGGUUUGGUUCUGCUGCUGAUGUAUCAAUUCAACAUUUUUUGCAGUAACAUAUUUUGAUGUGUAAUAUACACAACUGAUAUUAUCCAUCCUUAUUUACAUUGUUAUAUUUAUUGACAUUUUGUAAGUCAUUGUUAUUACUGUUACUGAUGUUAUAAACUUUAGUUUUGCCUAUAUUUGUAUAUUUUGUCAUGUUUACAAUCACUUAUACUUUAUAUAACAUAUCCAUACUGCAUUUACCUGCCACUGUAACUAAAAAUAACUACUCAAACAUCUCAGUUUACCAGGCUGUUUCAUUAAACUAACCAGUCAAAAUGUUUAGCCAACUUGUUGACCAGUCUAAAUGUUUAGCCAACUUGUU